AAAGCAGCCAGUCCUGUUCUUUACUCAUCGACUCAACUAUCAGAAUAGUUGAAAUAUAUCAAGCGUUGUUGAAUAAAGAAUUUAUAUUUACUAAUCAAUUGUUAAUAUGAAGACAUUUAAGUGCUUUGUGCCUUUUGCAAUACUGCUAUUAAUUUUAAAUGGAUCAGAUGGAGGUAUAUUGAGAGAUCGGGUACAUGAACAUCUUGGAAAAAUCGGAUCCAUUCUCGACCCUCUUGGUCUUUUCCAUCCCAAAGAUCAAGGAGCUACAGCUCAAGCAAAUAGUCAGGCUCUCAACCAGAACUUGAACUUGGGUCCACUGAGCUAUUCUUCUUCUUUGAGUUCGGCAUCAGCAACAGCUAAUGCUGGAGCAGGAGGUUCUGCAACAGCCAAUGCAAAUGCAAAUGCAAAUGCUGGAGGAGCUGGUAAUGCCAGAGCUAAUGCUAAUGCCAACGCCCAAGCAAACGUUAAUGCCGGAAACUAUGGCACUGGAUACAAUACUGGAAGUGAUAAUCCAUUUAUAAAUUCUGGAUAUUCUGGAAACUCUGGCUAUGAUAAUACGUACUCUGGAGGAUAUAAUACUGAAAAUUCUGGUAAAUACAAUAGUGGAUAUUCUAAUGGCUAUAGCAAUGCUCAAGCUGAUUCUCAAGCUGCUAGUAAUGGACGUGGUCAAUCUUACACCAAAACUGGAACUAAUACUCAUGGAAAUGCACAAGCUAAUGCUGGAGCCAAUGCCCAAGCACAUGGAUCUCAUCAAAAUGGAGGAAUAAAUUACCAAAGUAACAGUCCAGCUCGUGAAUCAUACAUUAGUGAUAAUAACAGGAAUCAAGAUGUACCUAAUUAUUCCUCUGGUUCUUCAUCAGCAGCAGCAAAAACUACCGCAACAGCAUCAGCUAACUCUAAUGAUAAUACUGGCGCUAUUACCAAUUACAAUGUACCGACGCAAACUUACAAUAAUUAUCCUCAGAAUGAUAAUUAUUAUAAUAAUGCUAAUGUCAAAAUUCCUACUUAUGUCAAAGUUAAACAGCCUGGUAUCCAAUUAAUGCAACCAGUUCAAUCAUCAAAGCCAACGUUGACAAUAACCUUCUCUGAAAAACCUCAAAAAAGUUCUUUGGGAUGUUCUCGAUGCAGAGCCAAUGCUCAAGCAAACUCCCAAGCAGUUGCUCUAGCAAAUCUUCCAUCGGGUCAGGGUUCAAGUGUUUAUAAUGUUGGUCAAGGUCAACAAAACAAUGGAAUUCGUAUGAUUCCAAUAAAAACUUCUCCCAUGUUAUAUAGUCAAACUGGAGCACAAGCUCCAAGUCAAGCUGACACAAUUGUAGUGCCAAUUUUGGUGAUGGAUGCACCUGAUCGACGUCCUCUGAGACGACGUCGUCCACAUCACCAUCAUCAUUCUACUCCUAUUACAUCUAUUAAUGUCCCUCAAGACAAACCUUAUUACUCAGUGGACAUGGGCGAUAAGAUGCCCUCUAAUACUCUAGGUCAUCAAGGCUACGAUGGCACUUACAAUACUGGCAAUUCAUAUAACACUGGCUCGUAUGACAAUCAACCGCAGUAUAGCAACAAUCCUUUCUUCCAAGGUCAAGGAGCAAGUAAUGCUAAUGCAAACGCCCAAGCUCAAGCUCAAGCUCAAGCAGGAUCGCAAUCUCAUGGUAAUACAUACAGUGGACAAUACCAGAACACUGGAUCAUCAUACCCUACAAACCAGAAUACCGGUUAUAACAGUGGCUCUGGGUAUGGCCAAACUUCACAGUAUGGAUCACAAGGAACUCCAACUUCCUCUCAUGCUAAUGGAGAUGCUAGUGCAAGUGCUAAUUCCGAUGCAGUGGCUGCUGGAAAUCCAUUUUUAACAAAUACUGGAAGUGAAUCUGGUAGUUAUCAACCUACAUACGGCAAACAAUCGAAUACAGGAAAUUACGGAUAUAAUCCUGAUCAACAAACGAAUGCAGUACCAUCAGGAAGCUAUGGAACUCCGUCAAACGCUAAUGCAAAUGCAGCAGCAAAUGCUAAAGCUGAUGCUGGUGCCAGUGCUGGAUCACAAGGAGGACGUCAACCAGAUUACGGAUAUACUGGAUAUUCCCCAGUCAAUACUAAUUCACAACAGCCAUCAACUGGAAGCUAUGGAGCUCCGUCAAAUGCUAAUGCAAAUGCAGCAGCAAAUGCUAAAGCUGAUGCUGGUGCCAGUGCUGGAUCACAAGGAGGACGUCAACCAGAUUAUGGAUAUACUGGAUAUUCUCCAGUUAAUACUAAUUCACAACAGCCAUCAACUGGAAGCUAUGGAGCUCCGUCAAACGCUAAUGCAAAUGCAGCAGCAAAUGCUAAAGCUAAUGCUGGUGCCAAUGCGGGAUCACAAGGAGGACGUCAACCAGAUUAUGGAUAUACUGGAUAUUCUCCAGUUAAUACUAAUUCACAACAGCCAUCAACUGGAAGCUAUGGAGCUCCGUCAAACGCUAAUGCAAAUGCAGCAGCAAAUGCUAAAGCUAAUGCUGGUGCCAAUGCGGGAUCACAAGGAGGACGUCAACCAGAUUAUGGAUAUACUGGAUAUUCUCCAGUUAAUACUAAUUCACAACAGCCAUCAACUGGAAGCUAUGGAGCUCCGUCAAACGCUAAUGCAAAUGCAGCAGCAAAUGCUAAAGCUAAUGCUGGUGCCAAUGCGGGAUCACAAGGAGGACGUCAACCAGAUUAUGGAUAUACUGGAUAUUCUCCAGUCAAUACUGAUUCUCAACAGCCAUCAACUGGAAGCUAUGGAACUCCAUCAAACGCUAAUGCAAAUGCAGCAGCAAAUGCAAAGGCUGAUGCAAGUGCUAAUGCUAAUGCUCAAUCUCAAGGUAAUAAUUACUAUGGAUCUCAACCUAGUCAAGGAUACACCGGUAUAAAAUCUAACCUUGGAAGUUAUCCAACAUCCAAUCAAGAUUUAAAUACAAUUCCUACAGGAGGUUCUUCAAACGCUAAUGCCAAUGCCCAAGCUAAUGCCAAUGCUCAAGCUAAUGCCAAUGCUCAAGCUAAUGCUAAUGCAGAAAGCCAAGGAACAUCAGGAAGAUAUAGUGAUCAUAGUCCAUACAGUAGUACUUCUGGACAAGACAAUACACCCAGUAAUGGUGCUCAAUCAGGAGCAUCAGCAUCAGCCACUGCCAAUGCCAAUGCUAAUGCCAGUGGAAAAGCAACAGCAACUGCAAAUGCCAAUGCUAAUGCCCAAGCAGGAGGAUAUGCGAAUGCAGUAGCAAAUGCUGAAGCUAAUGCCAAUGCUGGAGUUGGAUUCCAAUCGAAAAGUUCAGCAGCUGCUGAUGCUAAAUCCUCAUUUGACACUACAAAAGGACUUAUUUUUACAGAUUAAACCCUAAUCACUUUGUUUAUUGAUCGUUGUCUUCCAUCAAUCAUGCAGAUUUAAGAUACUUAACUUACGUAUGAGUGUAAAUUUUAUGUUUACGUUUUGAUAGGUUCAACAUUGAUAUUAAUGAGUUCAUAGUUGAAACAUAAAUACCUCAAUAGUUAUAAA